UUUAUAUAAUCGUAAGUUUGAAAAUUAAUUUCAAAUAUAUGUACUGUAAAAUGUAACGUCACAUGACAUGAGAAGACCAGUUUUACAAAUAGUUGGCUUGUCGGAACGCUCUUGCACCAAACUGUACUCUAUAUAUUUGUGUAUAGUCGGAUUGAGAAGAGAGUUCCACAUGUGCUCUUGUACGCUUGCGCAGUAGCGAAAAACGUGGUAGAAAGGGUAAGAAAUCAGUGGUAGGGAGUCCGAAAGCAUUGAAGCAACUGAGGAACUCUUUUCUCAGUUCGACAAUAAACACAGUUCAACAGUGUAAACACGUGUCGUAAUUUAUUUAUGCAAAAAUGAGUGAAAAAACAGAAGGAGAAAUGACUGAAGAAAAAAAAGAAAGUAUAAAUAAUGUUACAUGGAAGGAUUUGGGAAUAAUUGACAUAUUAUGUCAAGCGUGUGAAGAUUUAAAAUGGAUUGUACCAACAAAAAUUCAACGUGAAGCUAUUCCGCUCACUCUUCAAGGAAAAGACGUAAUUGGUUUAGCAGAAACAGGAUCAGGAAAAACAGCAGCUUUUGCUCUUCCUAUUCUUCAAGCACUAUUAGAAACUCGACAAAGAUUAUUUGCGCUAAUUCUUACUCCAACUAGAGAACUAGCUUUUCAAAUAUCUGAACAAUUUGAAGCUUUAGGUUCUAAUACAGGGGUAAAAUGCGCCGUAAUUGUUGGAGGCAUGGAUAUGGUAUCUCAAGCUUUAAUGUUAGCCAAGAAACCUCACAUUAUUAUUGCCACACCUGGACGAUUAGUUGAUCAUUUAGAAAACACCAAAGGAUUUAAUUUAAGAUCUUUAAAAUUUUUAGUAAUGGAUGAAGCUGACAGAAUUUUAAAUAUGGAUUUUGAAAUUGAGUUAGAUAAAAUUCUUAAAAUUAUUCCUCGUGAAAGAAGAACAUUAUUAUUUUCUGCAACAAUGACGAAGAAAGUUCAAAAACUUCAAAGAGCAUCUCUGAAAAAUCCUGUCAAAGUAGAAGUAUCUACUAAGUAUCAAACUGUUGAUAAACUUCAACAAUAUUAUAUUUUUAUCCCUUCAAAGUUUAAAGAUGUUUAUCUGGUUCACAUAUUCAAUGAAUUAGCCGGCAACAGUUUUAUGGUAUUCUGUUCUACAUGUAAUAAUACCAUGAGAACUGCGUUACUAUUGAGAUAUUUAGGUUUUAUGGCAGUGCCACUUCAUGGACAAAUGUCACAAAAUAAACGCUUAGCAGCGUUAAAUAAAUUUAAAGCAAAAAAUCGAUCUAUUUUAAUAUCAACUGAUGUUGCUAGCAGAGGUCUUGAUAUUCCUCAUGUUGACGUGGUAAUUAAUUUUGAUAUUCCAAGUCACAGUAAAGAUUACAUCCACAGAGUUGGAAGAACAGCGCGUGCAGGUCGCUCUGGACGUGCUAUAACGUUUGUUACUCAAUAUGAUGUAGAAUUAUAUCAAAGGAUUGAACAGCUUAUUUCUAAACAGCUUCCACUGUAUAAAACUGAAGAAAAUGAAGUAAUGAUCUUACAGGAACGUGUAGCUGAGGCUCAGAGGCAUGUAAAAAUGCAAAUUAAAACAAUCGAAGAUACGAAAAAAUCAGGAAAACGCAAAAAACGAAAUGAUGAUGAUGAAGACGAUGAUACAGAACAAUCAUUUGGUGUUCGUAAACGAGUAAAAGCAAAAUUUAAAAAUAAUAGAAAAAAAUGAAAUAUCGAUUAAUAUACUAAAAAUGAACGAUAAGUGUUGGAAAAAAAAU